UCAACCUUUUUGUUUGUCACUGUUUUGAUUCAGAACACACAAAUAAUAUGCGUAUGAUUUGACCGGCUCACUAAUCAUAAUAGAAAUUUCAUAAAUCAGGCUAUUUUCAGCCCAUAACAUCCAACUUUUCAUUCCAAAUCAUGAAUGAAUUAACUCAAGACGAGGUACGGCGUAGGAGGUUGGCGAGGCUUCAGGGCAAUGGAGGGUCAUCGUCUUCACCCCCCGCUCAGUCAAGUCCUGUUGCCCCUUCCAUAGAGAAUGCACAAGCUAACACUGCUUCGACACCAGCUCAGGAUGAGGCUGUGAACCCUCCCAGCCUGGUGAGUGAGGCAUCUAACAGUUCUUCCAGCUCAGUCAUGUCAACACCGAGCACCAGGACCCCUCCAGGGUCAUUAAGAGUUGACAGCACACCGCAAUUGCAUACACCUUCUUCUGAAAUGGACUGCUCAGAGAAACAAAGCCAGUCUCAGAUGGAUGUAGAUUCUGGCAUUGAGACAAUGGAGGUAGAUGAAGUGGAGAUGAAGCAUGAUGUCAAACGUAGGAGGGAUGCCAGUAUUGGCUCUGAGGCAAGUGAGGAUCAGAUGAUAAACUCUAUCUGCCGAGUGUUCCAAGUGUCGUUCAAGGAACCCAGCCCUGCCGCUAUACACCUUCCUGAACUUGAAGAGACGCUCUCACAAGGAGAGUGUGUGGACAAGAAAGAAGUGAUUAACCAGACUGUGAUGGAAGUGCUGUUCAAAAUCAAGGACUCAGACACAAACCCUGUACUCCAGCUUAAGCCCAUUACACCAGAUAUUUCUCCUAUGAAACAGUAUGGCUCUAGUCCUAUGGGAGGAAGCCCUAUGAUGCCGACACCAGACACACCCCGAAGGGAAUUCACCAGUAAGAUGCCCCAGCCCCAGUGUAAGGAGGUGGAAAUGGUCAACUAUCUCCUUGACAGUUAUGAGAGGGUCGCGGGAGAAGAGAGACUUGCUCCUAAGAGGGCGAGUGUUCCACCCAUGAGUGACAUGUUGGCGUCGGCCAGACACCAGUGUGCCUGUCAUACUUCGCUUGUUCUCCAGGGGGUGCUUACUAAACCUAGGUCAUUAGCAGCCAGUUCCCUAUUGUUACCAUAUCUUCUCUCACACAACCUGCCCCGGGGUUUCAUCACAGAGUUGGUCUUCAGCACGCACAGGGAUAAGGACUCAUUCAGGAAGGUGUUUGAGCCAUUACUACAGUCAUUACAUCGAUACGUACAGACGUUAUCCCUGGACACUGAUGACUAUCGCGAGGUGGUGGCAGUGUUGUCGGAGCUUGUAGAGAUCAAAUGUGGGCCAGCCAGGCCUGUUUGUAACCUGAUGGUUGAACUUUCUAACUGGCUACCAGAUGUGUUCAGCCAGGCUGGCGGUAUGGAGGUGGCCAGGUUGUCAUUCCUGGGACCAUUCUUCGCACUUGGUGUGUUUGCCGAGGAUAAUACAAAGGUUGUGGAGAAGCACUUUUCCGGUCAUCAGCUGACCCCAGACAAUGUACGGCUGGUCCAUCAGUCACUACAACACCGGAUGCAGUAUCUCAGGGAAGAGUUAUAUAAGAUCCUUCACGCAGUGUUAGUUAAUGCAGAAACACGAGAAGCUGCCAUGACGUACAUAGCCACGGCCUUGGAGAGAAACGGCAAGAAAUCACAAAUUGUGGUAAACAACAAACAUGUAGCGGGAGAUGGAUUCAUGUUAAACCUGCUCAGUGUGCUGCAGAAGCUUGCUAUGAAAGUCACUCUCGAUAAGGUGGACCCUUACUACAUGUUUCACCCGCAGUGCCGUGUAAAGCUCCGCUCAGAAGCUCGACUCAAACUCUCAUCUCAGGAAGCCGAUGCUUACACGGACAAGCUCAGGUCAGACCCUGUUCCACCUUGGCAAGAGCCAAAAUUCCCGACCGAGUGUUUCACCCUGACUGUCAAUGCCCACCACCUAUCAAUCCUACCCGUGGUACAGCGACACCAGCGCUGCGUACGGGCGAUACGUGACCUCUCCCGGGUCGUUGAAGAGCUUGAGAAUUCUGAGCCCAUUUGGAAACACUUUCCGCAGGCAGCUCGCAAUCGACAGAUUGUGAAGAAAUAUAAACAACAGUUCCAGAGGUUACAGAAGAGCAAGCUGUGUGCCGAGGCUGCCAUUAUGGAUGAAUCUUUGUUACGUAGAUGCUUACAGUUUUACAGCGUUCUGGCAGAGUACCUGCUGGCGAUUGCUGAUCCUGUGAAUAAGGGAACUAUAUUACCACUGCCAGCUGAAGUUUCGCCCUUGUUCCAAGCACUGCCAGAGUUUAACCUGGAAGAUGUAGCGGAAUUUACGCUCUUUGUUGCUCAAGCUAUGCCCCAGGCACUAGAAGACCCCUGUACAGAUAGACUACUGCAGCUGUUGAUUGUAUUUGUAUGCAGUCCUGGCUAUGUUAACAACCCAUAUCUAUUGGCCAAACUGGUCGAAGUCAUGUUUUACUUCAAUCCGGCAGUACAGCCGAGAAUGGACAAGAUCCAUGAGCGACUUCUCCUCCAUGACCUGUCCAGGGAGUUCCUGGCCCCAGCUCUCAUGCAGUUCUACACAGACAUUGAGUCUACUGGGUCAAGCAACGAGUUUUAUGACAAGUUCAGCAUACGCUACCACAUUAGUAUCAUCUUCAAGGCCAUGUGGGGCAUACACUCGCAUCAGCUCAAGAUCAUCGAAGAAGCAGACAAGGGGAAGCAGUUUGUGAAGUUUGUGAACAUGUUGAUGAACGACACCACAUUUCUGCUUGACGAAAGUCUUGACUGCCUCAAGCGAAUACACGAGGUACAGGAACUCAUGACUUCUGACGAGUGGAACAAGAAAUCUCAAGAGCAGCAGCAGACAGAGCAGCGACAGCUGGCAACAGACGAGAAACAGUGUCGGUCGUACCUGACCCUGGCCACUGAGACAGUAGAUAUGUUCCAUUACCUGACCAACAAGAUACAGAAACCCUUUCUCAUACCAGAAUUGGCUGACAGACUUGCCGCCAUGUUGAAUUUUAACCUACAGCAGCUCUGCGGUUCCAAGUGUAAGAAUCUUAAGGUCCGAAACCCGGAGAAAUACGGCUGGGAGCCUAAGAAGCUGCUGGAUUAUCUCACAGACAUCUACCUUCACCUUGACUGCCCAGAGUUUUUAGAGGCUAUUGCUAAUGAUGAGAGAUCCUAUCGCAAGGAGCUGUUUGAUGACGCUAUUGUGCGUAUGCGGCGAGCGUGCAUCAAGGUCGAGACAGACAUCGAGAAAUUCCGGAACAUUCAAGAAAAGGUUGAGAGGAUUGUCGUACAAAAAGCUCAGGACGAGAGAGAUUAUGGGGAGAUUCCAGAUGAGUUCAGGGAUGCUUUGAUGGACACACUAAUGAAGGACCCAGUCCAACUGCCAAGCGGUAAUGUGGUGGACCGCCCCGUGAUUAUGCGCCAUCUGCUCAACUCUCAGACUGACCCGUUCAACCGACAGCCAUGUAGAGAAGAUGAUCUCAUUCCCAGAGAAGAUAUCAAGACGAGGAUUGAAGAUUGGAUUAAUAAAUCAAAGGCGCCCAAGUGAUUCUACGGAUUCUAGUCAUAGUGUUGUCAUGUCUUAUAAGAGUAGAGUUUGUAAAAUUCUACAGAACUUGACUUAGAAGUAGCUUUUCAUACAAUAAUGUUGAUGUAUAAAAGCAAAAAGGUUCUAAAUGACACUAAAAGUCAAAGCAGAUAGAACAUUUUUGCUAUCACCCAUCAAAUGUUUUGUCAGUAUGAUUCUGUUAUACCGUUUUUAUGUAUAUAUGAGUUACGUUUGUGGUAAAAAAGGGUUGGCUGAUUUAUAUAAUAAAGUCAUUUAACAAGAUAGUGGGUUAGAUAUUGAUGGCCUCACUUUUUUGCUGAAACUGUAUUUUUUUCGGUUUUCGUAAUUUUUAUUUAACUAAAAUUAUAAAGGCAAGCCUAUGCCGCAUGUUAUUUCAAAAUGCAGAAAAAAGUGUGAGGAAAAAAGUGCAGAAGCUUGUGAUAAAAACUUUGGCAUACUGUGAACAAACCAGGUGUUAUCGGAUUACCAAGAAAAAAAAGAAAAUACAUACUCAAAACUUUGGAUUUUGUAGCUUCUGCGUUUUAACACGAGGCCAUCAAUAUAUAUGAUCUGAAAAUGUGUUGCUAUUUAUUACAAUACUUUAUGAAGUAAGUUUAGGAAAAGCUAUAAAGCAAAUGCCUUUAGUAAGCGUUAUAACUUUUCCUUAACAAGUUUCAUAAAAUUUUGUUUUUUAUGGCAAAAUUUGUCAGAUUCUUUUAAUUGACACAUUUGCCACCUAAGCCUCCAUUUUCUGUGAAUUUUUCACUCUAAAUAAGUUGGGCAAAAUGAAGUCAUUGCAAUUUCUGUGACUUGCAUAAAAUAUAAGAAGGUAUGGUUGUAUUUCACUCAGAACAAGAAAUGUCAUGUGAUAAAACCUGAUCUUGGCAGGCACUAAUGUGUUGAUGUCUUAUAAUGUUGUAAGAUUAUCUCGUCCACAGAAAGUACAAUGUUAUUAAUUUCAGGAUUAGGUCACAAUUAAUAAUUACACUGUUCGGCUUUACUGUACUGACUCACAUAUAACUGCAACUUAAGUAGAACAUAUAGCAAGCAUCACAAAUCAAAUGGAAGAUUUGACUUGGAAAUUCAAAUAAAAUCUGCCAUCAGAUAAAGUUCUUCAUCUCUAAAUAGAUAUUAUAACUUCCCAAACAUAUCUUUUCAAAAACUGUACCGUACAGUAUGUGCGUCGAUGAGAUGGACCCAUAAAUGCAUUUCAUUGAAUGGCCCAUUGAAUAUGUAGAAAAGUUGGCUGUAUUAAAAUGUUCAUAUUAUUAUGUUGUUUCUUUUGUACAUUAAAACAUAUUUGUAUAUUGUCUUGUUCAUUUGUGUGCUGUGAAAAUUGAAGAUAUCAAUACCCGAGGGGGCUCAAUUUAAAACUGUUAAUUCUUGAUGGAAAUUCAGCUUGUUAGCCCAAUGCUAUGUUCAAUUUCUGUUGAGUUUGGGAUAUCUCGUGUACAUGUGUACUUUUGUCCUUUUAAUGUGCCAGAGUUGCAUUUAAUUAUUGCAUAUAUUUUACUGUCAUCAGACACCCCUGAUACACUACUACGUUUUUUUGUGUACCGUUGGCAAUUUGACUGGGAAAAUUUUGUAACAUGAAUAAGUAAUGCAGUAGUUUCCAUGGUUGGGCAAGGUACCAGAAGCUUUCGUGUAGAAAAACAAUCUGGGGAAAGCCGGAAUUCAAUCUGGUCCGCCUUUUCAGUACAAUAAUUUCGCCAGCAGUCAAGACCACUGGUUUACGGAGGCUGCAGACUCUACAGGGUAACUGAAGAAUAUUAAAUUGUAGUAAGUGUAUUUAUUGGAAGAAGGUUGUCUCCUCUACCUCCUGCAUAUUCAUUAAAGCGAGAUUUUGUCAGUCAAUUGUCCCACAGUAUUCAUGUAUAAGUACAGUAUAAAGGAAUUAAGUAUGGUGGUAGCUAACUAUGAUAUUUAACAGUUUCAUGUGUUUAAUUGUUUGCUAUACUUAUUGGGGCUGUUUCAAUGAAGGAUUUUUAGCUCGACUAUUCGAAGAAUAAGGAGAGCUAUACUACUCGCCCAAGCAUCGGCGUCUGCGUCGGCGUCACCCCUUGGUUAAGGUUUUGCAUGCAAGCACACAUAGGUAAAUAUCUCAGCAACUACUUGAGGUAUUGCAUUGAGACUUGAUACAAUGGUACUCAACCAUCCAACCUACUCAAUUAACCAAGUUAGAUAACUCUAGUUUGCAUUUAAUGCAAAUAAUAGGCCUUUAUUAUUUGACUUAGAAAUUCUGGUUAAGGUUUUGCGUGCAAGCACACAUAGGUUAUUAUCUCAGCAACUGCUUAAGGUAUUGCAUUGAGACUUGAUACAAUGGUACUCAACCAUCCAACCUACUUAAUUAACCAAGUUAGAUAACUCUAGUUUGCAUUAAAUGCAAAAAAAGGCCUUUAUUAUUAUACCCCCACAAACGAAGUUUGAGGGGGUAUAUAGGAGUGAGCUUGUCGGUCGGUCUGUCUGUCGGUCGGUCGGUCUGUCGAUUUGCAUGGUUUCCGGACGAUAACUCAUGAAAGGCUAGACAGAUUUGAAAAAAUUUGGGACACAGGUGUAACAUCAGAAGAUACAGGUCAAGUUCGAUAUUGGGGCUGGUGGGGCCAAGGUCAAGGUCACUGUUACUAAAAAUAGAAAAACGGUUUCGGGACGAUAACUCAUGAAAGGCUUGACAGAUUUGAAAAAUUUUUGGUACACAGGUGUAACAUCAGAAGAUACAGGUCAAGUUCGAUAUUGGGGCUGGUGUGACUUAGAAAUUCUGGUUAAGGUUUUGCGUGCAAGCACACAUAGGUUAAUAUCUCAGCAACUGCUUGAGGUAUUGCAUUGAGACUUGAUACAAUGGUACUCACCCAUCCAAUCUACUUAAUUUACCAAGUUAGAUAACUCUAGUUUGCAUUUAAUGCAAAUAAUUGCCCUUUAUUAUUCGACUCAGAAAUUCUGGUUAAGGUUUUGGAUGUAAGCACACAUAGGAUAAUAUCUCAGCAACUACUUGAUGUAUUGCAUUGAGACUUGAUACAAUGGUAUUCAACCACCCAACCUAAUUGAAUUAUCAAGUUAGAUAACUGUGUUUUGCAAAUAAUGGCCCUUUAUUAUUAGACUUAAAAAUUCUGGUUAAAAUUUUGCAUGUAACCACUUUUAUGUUAAUAAUUAUCUCCGCACAUCGUGUAUUGCAUUGAAAUCUAAUCUAACAGUGAUCCAUGCAUGUUUCGCCAAAACUUUUAAAUCCUUACACCGAAAAGCGGCGGAAUAGUCGAGCGCGCUGUCUCUGUGACAGCUCUUGUUAAGUUUGUCGUAACUUCAAUUUACUUAAAUCUGUAUACACGUCACAUAUAUGGCAAUACAUCAAUUAUAUUUUUUCAUUUCUUCAACUUCCUAUUCAUUUUCAAUGCUGGCUAAAGUUCCUUACACACAGAUAUGUAGCGAUAUAAUAAAACUAUGACACUAAGAUAAUUUGAAUUUACGACUAAAAUCUAUAAAGAUCUUUACUGAAACAGUCCUCUGCAGCUUCAGCUUGACCAUUUUCGGAAUUCCUUUAACAAAAUGGUUAUUUGGGCCAUCUUAUCAAUGCGUGUUUUGAAUGAUCCAUAUUUCAAACAAAUAUUUCUGAGUUGAUAUUAUAUCUAUUGAAAAGCUACGUAAAGUCUUUAUUUAUCAAUUCAAAAACUAAGGUUGUUUUUUUUUUUAUUUUGAAACUAGUUUUUUUUUUACUUGAUUUUCUGACAGAAAUUCUUUAGCUUAUGAUAUUUUAAUGUACCAUUUGUUCCUUGGUAAGAUUGGCCCAAAAUGUUAAUGUCAAAUACAUGUACAGCAAUGGGCUGAUUAUUCAGAACUUUGUUAAAGUAAACAGCAUUGUUAAAGGCAUCAUUGUUAACUUUCAGAUAUUUACUCCCCUGGAAGUUUAAUGGAUACACUUGUGAUCUGCUGUAUUUCUAACAAAGUUGUAGACGACUGAUUCAUCUAUACUUGAUUUAUUUUUGAAUUUAUUACCACAUCAUCAAUUAUUUAAUGUUUAAAAGUUAACAACGAUCUGGUUGACCAUGUUGUUAACUUUAACAAAGUUAUGAAUCGGCCCAUUAAAAUGUUCAAUAUGACUGCAUCUAGGGUUUAUAUUAGUUUUAUGACAGAUAUUGAAUGUACAAUGCAUGUCAUUUGUUCUGCUGCUUUGCUAUUUCCACGAUCGAUAAAAUUGCAACGGUUGAUUUUAAACCUAUGUCUAUUAGAUUUGGUUAAAGCUGCACUCUCACAGAUUGAUCAUUUUGAUUGUUUAAGAAAAAUGAAAAUUUCUGCAGUUUAACCAAAUAUUUGAGAUUUGUUCUAUUGUGAAUUAUCUAAUAUGAUUGAAUUGAAGGCAUUGAUGCCCAAAUGAGCAGAUUCUGAGACAACUUUUUUUUUUUUAAAGUCAGAACUGACAAUCUGUGAUAGUGCAGCUUUAAUGGAAAGAAACAUCUAGGUUUUACAUGUUUCUUUUUCAACAACCUUAAACUCAUUGCAUAAUAAUUGAUUUAUGCUUUUAAACAAGAAGUUAUUGUAAUGAUUCAUUCAGCAUAAGCGGGGCGUAGCUAAGUUAGGAAUGAUUUUUAAAGUAAGGAAAAAUAAAUAAUGAUUUUCUUAGUGUUUGGCACGAAUAGUUUUUUUACUAGCCAGCUAAAAUGUGUUAAUUUGAAAUUUGGCGGUCAUUUUUGCGUUUUGUGGCUUUCUUAAUACACUAAGAACUUGGUUAUGAAUGAAUCUGUGGCGUGUGUAGAAAUUGUUGAUAAUGUGCAAUAAUGCUAUUGAUAAAAUACAAGUUAUACUUCAAGCUGUUUUAUUUACAUUUUGAUUUUUCUGUGUUUAAUAUUAUAAAUGCUCAGAUAUAUAGAGAAAUGUAGAAAUGUUCGCUUUAAACAAUAAUUUGAAAAUGCAAAUGAAAAUUCUUUUAUACAAAAAGGUUAACAUUUUGUGGUAAUAACACUUGUUUGUAAACAAAAUUAAUGUCAAACACUAUUACCGGUAUCAAUUAAUUAAAGAUAAAAAGAUGAAUAUAACUUAAACUUAAGCAAUUGACAAACCAUUCCAUUAAAUAAAUUAUUCAGAAUUAGUUUAAACCUCAUCCAACAACACUUGGAAACCCUCUGUAUCAAUUGAUAAAUUUAAAGGGAACAGCCUUUCAAGUACGUCAAUCUUAAGUUUUUUUCUUAAAGUAUUAUACUGUGAUAGUGAUUGGGCAUUUUUUUUAUUACAGAUUUAAAUCAACAUAUUUGAAUAACUUCAGUGAUUUGAGUUGCAUGUUAACUGCUGUCAUUAUAUUCAACCUAUCAUAUAUAAUCCUUGAUUGUGUUUAAUGGUGUUGCCUGCAAAGCAUGGCAGACACAAAGGGAUUGCUUUGUCUGCCGUUGUUGUCGUCAUUACAUCAUUGUUGUCGACGUCACACUUUCGCUUCAGAUCAAAAACUUUUGAACAACUUGAGUCUUCAAACUUCGUUAGUACAUUGGUCACUUUCAUACUCAUUAUAUGACCCCUAUUGAUCUUGGGGUCAAAGAUCACUGUGACCUUUGCCCUCAGGGCAGGCGGCAAAUCCAUUUUUGUGAAUUCUAAAUUCUGUUGCCAGUCCGUAAAUUUGAAUUGAAAACAAAAAAAACCAGUAAGAUGAAUCUUAUGGUUGUUUUAUAAAUUGAAUAAACCAUAAAUUCUG